AAGGACCCGUCGCGAAACGACUUGAAAGUUGAAAGUUGAAACUUCAAUUGAAUUCAAGUUUCAAGUUUGACAUAUAUGUAGUCCCCUUAGUCCCCUUAGUCCCCUUAGUCUCCUUAGUCCCCUUAGACCCCUUAGUCCCCUUAGACCCCUUAGUCUCCUUAGACCCCUUAGUCCCCUUAGUCCCCUUAGUCCCCUUAGUUCCCCUAGCCCACUCUCAAAAAAGUUACUAUAGAUAUAACAUAUGUCGACUGAAUUCUAUAUAUCUUAUGUAUGUAUACAUAGUACCCUUUUUUAUAAGGAACAGGAGGCAAGUAAGCAAAGAAUUCUUGAAUUCUGAAUUCAAAGUAUUUCUUUGUCCCCUUAGUACCUCUGCCUUGGUAAAAAUUGGGUGCUUUUUUUUUUCAAAAUUCAAUUUGAAAUAAAAAAAACCCAUAGACUCGUCAUAUCGUGCAAUUGCUACAGAUGUGGGUAUUUCCAAAACUUCGGUUCAACGUGCUUUGGAAAUAUUUGAAGAAAUUGGUGGUUUUCGAGACCGUUCGCGUUCUGGUAGACCGAAAAAACUCAACGAACGAAAUGUUCGAAUGCUGAAGCCCUUAGCUAAAGAUGAUGAUAAUCGAAGUUCUGCUCGUGAAUUAAUGGUGAAAUUAAACGAAUCACUGGACAAACCGAUCUGUAGAAGAACAAUUAUUAAUUAUCUGCAAAAGUGUGGCUAUGAAUACAAGAUUAAGAUCGAAAAACCAUUCUUAAACAAGGAAAAUCGAAAAGCUCGACUUCAAUGGUGUUUAGAACAUUCGAAUUGGACUGUUGAUGAAUGGAAGAAGGUCUUGUUUAGUGAUGAAUCAACUUUUUACGUUAUCAAACGUAAAAGCGAGACCAAAAUAUGGCGUACAAAAGAUGAGCAAUGGAAAGAAGGUUGUAUGGCAGUUGCAGCUACAGGUGGUGGAGGUCGAGUUGGAUUUUGGAGUGUUAUUACAUGGCAGGGAACAGGUUGUUUUAGAGUUUAUAGUGAAAAUACCAAUAGUGAUGUUUAUUGUGACAUUUUGGAUAACUAUUUGGUUCCAACACUACAGUUAUAUGGCUUGGAAGACAACUUUAUGUUCCAACACGAUAGUGCUCGGUACCAUACGUCGAAACAAACUGAUGGAAAAUUACAAGAAUUAAAUGUAAAGGUACUUAAAUGGCCUGCCAAAAGUCCCGAUCUCAAUCCUAUAGAACACUUAUGGUCGAUAAUUGACAAUAAAUUGAAAUCACGACGUAUGUGUUCAGUUAAAGACUUAACUGAUGGCUUAUCAGCCGAAUGGUUAAGUAUAACACAAGAAUUAUGUGAAAAACUUGUCUUUUCAAUGCCGCAACGGAUACAGAAAUGUAUUGCAGUAAAUGGCAAAUGUAUAGACUAUUGA